AUGUCUGGAGAGCAGGGACACCGGUUAUACGUCAAGUACGUUCGCCCUCGUCGUCCCCUUCGAACCCACUGCGAAAGAGUCGGCUGCGAGAUGAAUAUCAACUCAAGAAGGCGAUCAUGGAAGAGGAUGCUAACACAGUAUUUCUGCAGGGGCAAGCACCUUUCCCACCAGCGCGGCAAGCGUAACACCAACCCGGGCACGUCGCUCAUCAAGAUCGAGGGCGUCGACGACCCGAAGGCCGCAUCUUUCUACCUGGGCAAGCGCAUCGCAUACGUCUACCGCGGCAAGAAGGAGAUUAGGGGCACCAAGAUCCGUGUCAUCUGGGGCAAGGUCACGCGGACGCACGGUACGACAUCGUCUCUGAAAUACAAAGUACCUGGAUAGGGAAGAAGAGGAUAGUGACUAACGGACAUGAUACAGGCAACUCCGGCGUCGUGAGGGCACAGUUCCGCAACAACCUCCCAUCCAAGUCUUUCGGCGCCAUGGUGCGCAUCAUGCUCUACCCAUCCUCGAUAUGA